AUGUCACAAACAAUCACCAGCACCGUUGACGCCACCAUUCCCUCCGGAAUGAUGGAGACCCCGCCCCCGGAUAUCUCCCACCUGGGUCGAGUUGCAUACCUGUUUGGGUAUCCAAUUGCGCAUUCUCUCUCCCCUCUAUUCCAUGGCACAAUCUUCCGCUCAUUAAACCUCAACUACCUCCAAUAUCUAUAUGAGACACAAAACCUGAAAGAUUGUAUCGAACUCACUAAAGACCCCAAAUUUCUCGGCGCUUCCGUAACCAUGCCCUUCAAAGUAGCCAUCAUCCCAUUCCUCGACCAGCUUACACCAGAGGGCGCUGCCAUUGGUGCCAUUAAUACUAUCUACCACCGCACAUCACCCUCUGGUGAGAAGAUUCUUUGUGGAACCAACACCGAUUGUAUUGGUGUCCGCGAAGCUAUUCUUCAGAACGCAUCAGCAGCAACAAUAUCAAGUAUAAAACGUUCGGCAGGUAUGGUUAUCGGAGGUGGAGGAACCUGUCGAGCAGCCGUCUACGCAUUGAAGAAAUUCCUCGGUUGCGAGACCGUAUACAUGGUCAAUCGGGAUAAAUCUGAAUGCGACGCUGUGAUUGCGGAAUGCAGCAGUAACGGAUUCGGAGACAAUUUAUUGUAUAUCGAGUCGGUAGAACAAGCGAAACACUUAGCAGCACCCACAGUAAUCAUCUCUGCAAUUCCAGAUUUUACACCAAUAUCCGACGAUGAGCAUAGAGCGCGAGGAAUCAUUACAGAAUUCUUAGGGAAAGAGGGAGAGAAGGGAGUAAUUUUAGAAAUGUGUUAUCAUCCAAGUCCCGAUACACAGAUUGCAGCACUAGCUACAAAAGCUGGAUGGCAGGUAGUAGGAGGUGUAGAAGCGAUGAUUAACCAGGGGUUGGAGCAAGAUAAGGUUUGGCUGGGAGUUGAGCUUGAGCAGUUACCGGUAAAGGAGGUAAGGACUGUUGUUUUGGAUAAAUUAGCGAAUGAUAGGGCGAAGCACGCGAGUUCGUGA